AUGGUUCGAAGGACACUACCAACCGCCAAUCGAAUUCACCCGCCAAAACCCUUCAACGGUAAUCCGAAAUCUGUUCCCCAGUCCCUAAGAAUUCAACAGUGCCUCUCACGGCUCAACUCUUUUUCUAGUGCAAAGCAUAUUUUCCAAAUUCACGCCCAGAUUUUAAUCUCUGCAUUUCAUUACGACUGUCGUGUUGCAAAUAAAAUAAUCCAAUUCUGCUGUGCAAAUCCCAUCGGAGAUAGAAUUAAUUUAGUAAAUCAUGCCCGUCUCAUUAUUAGUCAGACCAAAAACUUGGAAGUCUCGUCAUGGAAUCGUCUGAUAAGGGCAUAUGCUACUUCGAAAUGUGGUCUAGAAAGAGAGACAUUACGGGUUUUUGUUGGGAUGCGGCGUGAGGGAGUUAAACCCAAUGAACACACCUUUCCCUUUGUGUUCAAGGCAUGCGCUUCGUUUUUGGGUUUCAGUGAAGGGCAGCAAAUUCAUGGGGAAGUAGUGAAGUAUGGUUUGUAUUCUAAUGUGAGGGACAGCUCUCCAGUCAGGGUUUUAGAGACGAGGCCUUUUGGCAAAGCGAAGCCUACUUUAAGCCACCCGCCAAAGCCUGAUGAGAAGGCAAUCCAGACAAGUUAG